UUUUCCCCAGUUACAUGUAAAACAAUUUUUAAAAACUUUGAGUAUCAAAUUUUCCUCUUCCUUCCCAUCCCCAAUCCCCAUUAAGAAGACACAUAUAAAUUUAUGCAAAACAUUUCCAUAAAAGUCAUGUGGUGAAAGAAAACAUAGAUCUCACUACCUACACAAAAAAACCCCAUCAAAUAAAAAAAGAGAAGAAGAAGAGUAUGUUUCAAUCUGUAUUCAGACAUAUUUGGUUCUUUCUCUGGGUAUGGAUAGUAUUUUUCAUCAUAAGGACUUCAGAGUAGACUUGAUUCAUUGUAUUACUGAGAAUACAGAGAAAUUCACAGCUGAUCAUCCCACAACAUUGUUAUUACUUUGUACACAGUACAUUUCUGUUUCCUUGAGUUUACAGAGGAGUUUCCAGGUUUUUCUAAAAGCAUCCUGCUCAUCAUUUCCCAUAGAACAAUAAUAUUUCAUCAUAAUCACAUACCACAACUUAUUCAGCCAUUCUCCAAUUAAUGAGCAUCCCCUCAAUUUCCAAUUUUUUUUGCUCUGAGAAGAGAGUUGCUCUAAAUAUAUAUUUACAUAUAGGUCCCUUUAAAAAAAAAAAAACUCUUUUGGAACUCAUGCCUAGUAGUGAUAUUGUUAGAUCAAAGGAUAUGCAUGAUUUUAUAGCCCUUUGGGGAUAGUUCAUUUCUUUUGAUCAUUUGUCAUUUGGGAAAUGGCUCUCUUUAAAAAAUAAUAAUAAAAUUUACUUGGUUUCCUAUAUAUUUGAGAAAUGAGACCUCCAUCAGAGAAACUUGCUUCAAAAUUAUUUUCCCAAUUACUAUUGCUAACUAUUUCCUCUGUUUAUUCUAUUCUCUCUCUCCUUUCAUCAUGACUCUUCUCAGAAGUAUUUUGCUACUUCCCAUCUUCUGUCUCUAAUAUCACUCUGCCCCCUUCCUGUCCCCUUUCCCUCCUACCUUCCUGCAGGGUAAGAUAAAUUUCUAUACCUAUAUUGAAUGUGGAUGUUAUUUCCUCUGAGCCAGUUCUGAUGAGAGUAAGAUUCACUUCCCUUCCCUCCCUUCCUCCUCUUCUUCUCCACGGUAAAAUUGUUUCUUGCUCCUUUUAUGGAGAUAAUUUACACCAUUCCACUUUCCCUUUCUCAUUCUCCCAGUACAUUCUUCUCUCACCCCUUAAUUUUACUUUUUUAGAUAUUAUUUCUUCCUAUUUAUAAAUACCCCUUCUAACUGCCAUAAUAAUGACACGUUCUUAUGAGUUCCAAGCAUCAUCCUCCCAUGAAGUAUAUGAGCAGAUAAACCUUAUUAAGUCCCUUAUGAUCUCCCUUUCCAAAUCAUGCUUUUCCUGAGUCCUGUAUUUGAACAUCAAACUUUCUAGUCAGCCCUGAUCUUCUCAUCACAAUACAUUCAAUCGUGUUCCUAUAACCACCUCACUCUCCAGUUCUUCCCCAUUGCUGGGUAUCCAAAAGCACAGGACUGGACAGUCCUGAAGGUGCUUGAGACUGGAAGGGUCUGGGUAAGGGACCACUGAUAUUCUCAAGUUAUGUCCUAGCUAGCACGGCCUGCACUAGAGACAGAGUGGUCGUGGGAAGAUCAUGAUUGGGAAGCAGAGACUGGGAAACUGAAGACUCCGCCAAUCCAGAUCUGGUGAGCCUGCAGAAGUGCUGAGUCAGAAUACCUGCACAGACUUUGGGAGAACUUGUGGAUGAGGAAAGGACUGGUUGGAUUUUAAAGAAAGAUGAUGGCUGCUUUAUAAUAUCUUACAUUUUAUCUUUUUUUUUUUUUUUUUUGGUAAUAAAUGAACAUGGUUUGCCACAAUUUCUUCAGAGAAACCUGCUUCAAAAUUAUUUUCCAAAUUACUUUUGCUCUAUAGUAAGAAAUGUAGACAUUGUGUAGACACAAAAACAAAAAAUUUAGAACAAGAUUUACUGAAUACUAACAAAAUACAUAUAUUUGUGUAUUUAAAUAUAUGUAUAUAUAUAUAUAUUUAUGAUGCCUUUAAGCAUAACAUAUUUACUUUAAUAAUUCCCUUUAACUAUAUCAUUGCUACUGUUGCUUUGUCUAAGAUCAUGAUUAUCCAUCCUGUUUUUUUUCAGAUUUUCCUGAGGUACAUUUAAUUCAGAUCUGUCUCCUCACUUUAAUUCUUUAUGAAAAUUCAUAUUUUAAGUGUGCUUCUUGAAGUUUUUGAAUUCCACUUUUCUAAUCCAUUUUUGCUAGCCUCUCAGUUUUUAUGGGUAAGUUCAUCUUAUUCAUAUUAAUGAAUAAAAUUUGUUAUUCAAUUUCUCCAUCAUAUCCUCUAAAUUUUUCCCCUUUAUCACCUUCUCUCUCUCCUUCCCUUUCUCUUCCUCCUGCCCUCCUUCCCUCUCUCCUCUUCUUUUUCUAUUCUCCAUUACUAAGCUAUAGUCAUCUUCCUUUGCCAUUUCCCUUUUCACCCAUCCCAGACCCCAGAUCACUGGUUCUUACCUUUUCUCUCUUUUUAAUUCUUUCUUUUAAAAUCUAUCAUUUGUAGUUUAUCUUGCUUAUGACAUUUACUUCCCCAAUUUUAAUCCUCCCUAUGAAACUUCUCUCAUCCUUCUAUUUUUCUAUUUCUCUCUGGAAUAGACUAUAUUUAUGAGAAAUUUUGUGUAUGUAUAUAUUCAACACUUCUUUGCCUAGGUUAGAUAGGUGUAGUAUUUGUGAGAUGCUAACUACCUCCCUCCCCACUUCUGUUUUUAUAUAAUCUUUUUCUGGUAUAUCUCAAUUACAAGAAAAAUAAUAAGUUCAUAUCUCUCUUUCCUCAUUUCUCCCUUAGUGUCUCCCUUUUUUUCUGCCAUUACGUUCCCCUCUUAAAAUCAUUGAAACAGAACAAAAACCACACCCAGUCCCUUGUUUUUCUGUAUUCCCUUUGUGAUGCUUAAAGACAGUAGGGUUCUGGAAGGAUGUUGAGAUCCUUCCAAAUUGCUCAAAUAGAUUUCCCUUUCUCUUUUGUUUGUAUUCCAAAGAUUUUACUCAACUCUAGUUUUUUAAUCAUGAAUAAUUCUUGAGAGUCAUUUAUUAUAUUCAUUCCCUACCUCAUCCUCUAUUUAAAAAUUAAAUAAUUUAUAAGCUUUUUAUUUUGCCUUUUGGGACAUCACGUUUCAAGAACUCCUUUUCUUUACUAUAGCUAUUGUAGUCCUGUGUGACCCCGACUCUGAUUAUUUAGUACUUGAAUUCUCUCUAGCUACCUACAGGAUUUUUCUUUGGAUUCUGGCCAUGACAUUUCGGAAUGUUGUCAACUUCAGUUUCUUUUCAAGUAGACGAGCAGUGGAUUCUAUUUCAGUUUAUGUUCUGAUUCCAAAAAUUUGGAGCAAUUUUAUUUUAUGAUUUAUUGAAUUGUGAUCCAUUUUUUGGUUUGGUCACAGUUUUCAGGGAGUCCAAUGAUUGCUAAAUAAUUCUUUUUUGUGCUAUUUUCUGCUUCACGUAUUUGUGAUAGUAGAUCUCUUACAUGACAACACAUCUUAUGAAGAUUCUAGAAUAUCCUUAAAAAAAUCAAAGAAAGAAAGUGAAUAAAAUAAAACCAUUUUAUAGGAAGGCAUUUAUAAAUGUCACCAAGGGAGUGAAUGGAUGAGGAGCUGGCAGCAUACUAAUCUGAGUGGAAAAUAGGAAAGGUGAAAGAAAAAGAAAAACUAAUUUAGGAACUCUAGGACUGGGCAGAGUAACAUGGUAGUAGUGAAAGCGCAUGAGUGGAAGAUAAUCAGGGUCAGAUGAAUAUAAACAGAACAAGUUACAAAAGCAGUACUGACUUAAAAAGGCAGAAGAGGAGAGGAAAAAAGUUUAACUGAAGAAAAUACAAACCAUUAUGACAUGAAAUGUGAAUGGAUUUUUAGUUCCCCAAUUAAAAGAAAAAGAAUGAAGAAAAUAGGGGAAAAAAAUUUAAUGCCCAAUUUAUUCAAUGCCUUCUAGUUUCCAGGAAGGCAUUAUGCUGGGCACUGUUAUUACACACACAAAAGUGAAGUAGUCCUUGCUCUCAAGGAAUUGAUCUUUUACUAGGAAACGACAUAUGGGACCUAUGGCAAAUUGGGAAAUAAAAUCUCCAUUAAUAAUGAAAAAUAGCAGCUAUUAAUUACAUAUGCACCAAGUGGCACAGCAUCUUUGUUCUUAAAAUUAAGCAAAUUGCAAUAAAAAUAAACAAUAAUAUUAAGAAACGUAAAUAUUCCUCUCAGAGCUUGGCCCUAAAGAGAUAUGUUUCUUUCUAGAAGAGGGGAGUUCGCAGAUAUGAAACAUUGCAUAUCACAUUUAAGUUUUUUUGGUGUAUUGAGUGUUUUUUAUUGACUUUCCUUGUCUUUUCUUUCUGGACAGUGAUAAAAGUGGGGAUACGGGUAACGUGAAAUUUAGAAAUACGACUAUCAAUCGAAUUCUAAAAAUUCCUCUUAGAGGAGAAGAAAUCCAACAAAAAAUAUAAACAAGUAGGAAAACAUGGAGUAGAUGAGAAAAUUGGGUUUCAAAGAUCUGUGGUAAUUUCUGAAUGAAAUAUUUCAUAAUACACAAUUCUCAGCAUCUCAUAACUUCAAAAACUGGACGAUAGGCUUGAGCAUAAAGCAGAGAUUGCAAGCUUUUCACUAGAAAGGGAGGGCUGCACAGAGAGAAGGAGCACAGCACAUGCUCCUCACUGCCAGCUUCCUCCAACUCCCCGCGGCCGGGUCCCGCGGCCUCCAGCUCCCCGCGGCCUGCUACGAGAGGCCCGUCCGGGUCCCGCAGCCUCCAGCUCCCCGCGGCCUGCUACGGGAGGCCCGUCCGGGUCCCGCGGCCUCCAGCUCCCCGCGGCCUGCUACGGGAGGCCCGUCCGGGUCCCGCGGCCUCCAGCUCCCCGCGGCCUGCUACGGUAGGCCCGUCCGGGUCCCGCGGCCUCCAGCUCCCCGCGGCCUGCUACGGGAGGCCCGUCCGGGUCCCGCGGCCUCCAGCUCCCCGCGGCCUGCUAUGGGAGGCCCGUCCGGGUCCCGCGGCCUCCAACUCCCCGCGUCCGGGUCCCGCGGCCUCCAGCUCCCCUCUCCGGGCUGCGCUCCCUGUGCACGGUCAUAGGGAAUCGCGUGCCCGCUUCCCCUAGCACGUUAGCUCUCGGAAGGCCACGACUGUUCCCGGCCUCCGCACCCCUGGCUCCGGCGCAGGCCUCGCUAGCACUAAGCACACGCAGGACGGCACGGAAAAGGCAUUUCCCGCCUCUGGAUCUGCGAGGGUGUCAGGCCCCUAUUGUCUGCAUCGGGGCAGACGCUGGGUGGAAAGAGGGGUCCUACCCGCGGGGACGCGCAGCCCGGGGCUUCCACGAAGGAAAUCCCGGGCACUCCGGCUGUGCCGGUGGGAGAGCACGUGCCUCCUGACAGUGAGUAAGCGGCCGCGCGCAGUGACACCUACUGCCAGUUCAGCUGGGCUGGCUAAUUAUUUGGGAGGAAGCAUACUGCCAGGGGGAAGGCAGUCGCCACCUUCCGGGGAGCCAAUGCAAUCGUGAGGUCGGAGAGGAAGCCCAGCACCGCGGCCACCGAGGGGUUCUAGCUCCAGAGCCGGAAGAAACCUCGGAGGCCACGAGACCAAGUCCUAAAGGUCGCGAGUCCAAUUUCCGAAGCCAGCCCAAAGGGACAGAGCCCACGAGUCCGGGGGAAGAUUCAGUGUGGCACCGUGUCUAACGCGCCACUAGGGGGCGCUGCUCACUUUCCCUUCUGCGCAGGUCAGACACUUCCCUCCUUCACUUUGGAGUUCUGCGACUGUCCUCCCAGGAAUCCUCCCAGCCUGCUAGCAGAGGUAAAUCUUAGGGAACCAGGAGUGAGCCACAGCAGGAGGCGCCCCCCGGACGAGAGGCCGCCCUUCACCUUCGCCACUCUUCUCUGCACACGCGCAGAAGCCUUCUCGGGUCUCGAGACUACAAUUCCCACAAGUCGCUGCGGCCAAAGAGGUGACCGCUUCCUUCUUCGUGUUAUAUGAUGGAGGUGCGUCCUUGGGGGAAGCUUCCGCUUUCGCUCCCUCUUUGUUUCUCGAUCCUCUCGAUUGUUUGCUCCUCCCGGUGAGUCUCCCCGAGCUGCCCUGCGACCACGUGAUGCUGCCUCGAGACCCAGGCUCUUGGCCCCGCCCCCAUCGCACCGGUUCUGGGAUUCAGCCAAUCAGCAGCGGUUCCGAGCGCCCCGGUCCCGCCCCUGCGCUCCCAGUGGGCUGGGCGGACUGCGAAGGAUCCCUGCCCCAACUUGGGGGGCGCCUCGGCCCCGGGCCUGGGCCUGGCCUCUUGACCCACCCACCUGGGCCGCCCGCCUCACCGGAUGAGCUUACCCCGGUGAGGCGCCCCGAGCCGCCCUUCCGGGGGUUCGACGUGCGGCCCUUGGGGGGCCCGGCCCCGCCCGCCUGCAGACCCGGGCCUCCUGUCGUGGCCGGAACCCACUUCGGAUUCCUCGACCCCAGUGGCUUCCAGCGGACCGGCUGCUGCCCCCUGCGGAGUCCCUUCUUCCGGCCAUGCCUCAGUGCCCCUCCGCCGCCUCCGCGCAGCGGGACGCCCAACCCCGCCCCCCCAGUCCCACAGGUGCCUUAUAGGACCUGCCCUUCCCCAUUAACGUCCGUGCCUUCUGACCACGCUGCUCUUCCACCAGAGGAGGAGGGGAUGGCCGAUGUGUUCCUGACCAGCUGGCUCCACCAGGAGUCUGUGACAUUCAAGGAUGUAGCUGUGGAUUUCACCCAGGAAGAGUGGAGACAACUGAACCCUUCUCAGAAGGAGCUGUACAGGGACGUGAUGCUGGAGAACUAUAGGAACCUUGUCUUCCUAGAUGUGAUCUACCAGCUGGAACAGAGGAAAAUACCAUGGAUGCUGGGGCGAGAAGUGCCCAGAAACACCUAUACGGAUUGGGAAACUAAACCUGAAAUAAAGGAAUCUGUUCCAGACAUUGAUAUGCAGAAAUCAUCCCUGGAAAAAUACCCAAGAAAUAAUUACCAGGAUUCCACACGGGAAGAAGACUGGGAUUGUGAUGUUAAGAAAUUUUCUAAUCAUAAUGAAUUUGGAGAGUCAUCUCACUAUAACUCAAGCCCUUUUCAGAAUCAAGUAACAGAUAUUAUAGAGAGAACUUAUGGAUAUGAUGAAUAUAGAAGAGCUUUCAUCCAUCUUACUAGAUAUCAGGGAAUUUAUGCUGGGGAGAAAUUUCACAGAUGUAAAGAGUGUGGGAAAUCUUUUACCUGCAGCUCAUCUCUUAAGUAUCACUAUAAAAUUCAUACUGGAGAAAAACCUUUUGAAUGUGAAGAAUGUGGAAAGGCCUUUAUUUUGCGAGCACAACUUACAUCACACCAGAGAAUUCACUCUGGAGAGAAACCUUAUGAAUGUACUGAAUGUGGCAAAGCUUUUAGGUCCAACUCGUCUCUUACCUAUCAUCAGAAAAUUCAUACAGGAGAGAAACCUUAUCCAUGUAAUGAAUGUGGGAAGGCCUUCAGAUCGAAAACACAGCUCAAUUCCCAUCAGAGAAUUCACACUGGAGAGAAACCUUAUGAGUGUAAUGAAUGUGGUAAGACCUUUGCCCAGAGCACACCACUCACUACCCACAGGAGAAUUCAUACUGGAGAGAAACCUUAUGAAUGUAAUGAAUGUGGCAAAGCUUUUAGAUAUAACUCCUCCUUUAUUUACCACCAGAGAAUUCAUAAUGGAGAGAAAUAUUAAUUUAAUAAACAUGGAGAGGCCUUCCUUUGGGUAGAACAUGCCUUACUUCCUAUCAGAAAAAUUCAUAUUAGCAAGAAAUCUUAUGAAUGUAAUCAGUAUUAGAAAGCCUUUGUCUGGAGAACACAACUAACAAGAUAUUCAUCCUCAGAAGAUUUCUGAAUGUGGAACAGCAUUCAUUUGAAGCUUAUCACUUCUCUGGUACAAGAAAAUUCCUAUUAUAGAGGAGCCUUGAAAGUAAAAGCAAUAAGUCAAAAAGCAUUGUUGCAGCUAAGACAGGAGUCUCCUGUUUAUUUUCCCCAUCAUUUAGCAGUAAAUGCUUUCUAAAGGGGUAAUUAUACGAAAACUUAACAGCCACAACAAAAAGAUGAAAGCUAGCUCAUGCAGAAAACUGAUGUGCUUAAGCUAUAUAUACUGGGCUGGAAUUUUUGGCUUCAGUUAACUGACUUCUUGACUCCAUAUCAAGAUAUAGAAACAGGGGUAAGUGCCAGUAACUGAGAUGUAGGUCCACAGAAAAAGCAGUAGCCCAAAGGAAGAUUGCUGAUAUUUCCUUAUAUAGGAAAAAUCUUUCUUCCUCAUAUCGUUGUCUUUUUUUUUUUUUCCAGCUUUCUCUGGUUCUAAAAUAUUGUAUGUAACCCAAGGGCCAGGCUGACAUUUUGUUUCCAGAGGUCUCUGCAGAAGCCUAUCUACAGACAUAGGGAAUAGCUUUUGAAAGGCCCCUUCAGCCUUAAGCAAAGUUAAUGAAGAACAGGAUUUGGGGAUCUUUUAAGAAAAGAAAAAACUAACCCCUUCUCUGUCUCUCCCCAAUCCUCUCUGUACAUGUAUUUGUGUGUAAACACACACACAGAUGUAGAUAUAUAGAUAUGUAGAUAUUGAUAUAAAGGUAUAGUGGAACUCAGAGAACAUGCAAAAACUCCUAUGAAGUGAUGAAAGAAAAAAAGUAUAGCCUAAAGGAUAGUAUGCAUGUUGACUAUUGCAAUAUAAAUGAAGACAGCUUCAAAAUGUGUAAUGUGUGGUUAUUUCAUAUAUAUCUUCUAAUAUGAGUGUUUUCCUAAGUAAAAUCAUAACAUCGUAGAGAAUAGAAGCAUAUAAGACUUAAGUGAAGUAGAAAACAAAAUCAAUGCAUCUAAUAUAAAAGGUAACUGGGGGGGAAAUCCCUUGCAUCUCAUUUCUAAUGAAAGUCUGAUGUCUAAAUAAAUAGGAAAUUACACAAGUAUAUGACUGAGAUCUAUUCCUUACUAGAUAAGUGGUCAAAGAAUAUGGAGAAACAUCUCAAAAGAAUGACAGACUAUUAUAAAGCAUGUGAAAAAUACUUCAUAUCAUUAAUAAGAGAAAUACAAGUUAAAACAGAUCUGAGGUUUCACCUUACACUCAGCAGUUUGACGAAGAUGACAAAAGAUGGAAAUAGUCAAUGUUGGAAAGAUUGAGAAGAUAGGCAUAAUCUGUUUGUGGAGCUAUGGUUCCGACUACUCUGUAAAACAGAGAAUUCCGAAUUAUGUGAAAAAGUGAUUUAAAUGUUCAUAUCCUUUUACCAAGAGAUGUUACUGUUAGAUUUAUGCUAAAGAGGUCAAGGACAGUGCUAUGUGGGGAUCAAAGAAGUAGAUAAAAAGGUUGACUAAGUGAUUGUGGUAUAUAAAUGUGAAGGAAUAUUAUUGCCUUGUAAAAAUAAUGAUUAGAAAUACCAAAAAAAAAUUGGAAAAAAGUGCAGACUAAGGUAAGUAGGACCAAGAAAAUAGGAUUACAACAAUGUAAAUGGCAAACAAUUUUUUUCUUAAGUGGGAAACAAUUUAAAAGUGAAUGCUUUGUGUAAUUAUAGUGACCAAUCUUUACCCCUGGAGAAGAGAUGAAGAAAUAAAUAUUCCUCCUUUGGAGAAAUAAAUAAUAGGCAUGGGAUGUUGAAUACAGUAUUAGAUGUAGUCAUUGUCUUGGGUAAUUUUGUUCAGUUUUCUUAGAAUGGAAAGCUCCCUGGGAUAGAGGAAGGGAAAGGAGCAUUGUUAAGAAAUUACUUUAACAUAAAAAAGGCAUCAAUAAAAUUUUCCAAAAUAAUUCAUUGGUACCAGUAUAUAAUCAACAAUCUUUUCAUCUACUUUAAUGGAUAUUAGGUCACUUAGGCAAAUGUGCCAUACUUUGUUGUAGGCUACUUUAAGAGAAAAGCUAAGAUUUUGUCACCCAAGAAAAUGCAAGAAUGGAUUCUUGUAUGUAUUUAAGCUAUUUCUAUUAAGUGAGAGGGCUUUUCUUUCUGAGAUUUUUUUCCCCUUAAGUUUUUUCUUUUGUGUUUAUUAAAAAAAAACAUGAAUUUAUAAUAGAUUUUGGGAAGGUGCCAGUGUUUUAAGACAUAGCAGAAUCCAGUUUCCUCUAACCAUCCAUCAAAAUAAUGAUAAAAUCAAAGCUAAUCCACUAUAAGCUAGAUCUGGUCAAGGACUGUACAAAAAAGACUACUGGAAUUUUGGGAAAGUGCUGAUCAGAGAUAAACUGUAGAAAGGUUCAGAGCACAAGCAACCCAGAGACCCAUCCAGAUCUGUGGCUGGAGAUGAUCCAGGUAGCACAUUCAAGGUGAUCCAAGAAUCCCAACCGUGAAAGAAGAAAGAUUCAAUCCAGUGUGUAGGUUCAACUCAAGAGUAACCUACCUUUCAUGGUACAGGAGAGAGCCAAAGGGACUGCCCAGUAUGGACUAUCCGGGGACUCUCUGAGACAAGAAAAUGGGGACAUAAUGGAAUGCAUGGGAGAGCAACUCCAGAUCCCUGUUUGUGAUAGGAAAUAGGACUGGACCAGCAUCCAGAUAGCCUGAGAGCCAAGGCCAAUCGACUCCUACAGAGCUGAAUCAGAAUCAAGCAGAAUUAUACAUCAUCCAGGACUCCAGGAGCAGAGUUUGCCAUAUAUGUAAAUUGCUAAUAAACUGAAAAUGAAGACACGGGUCAACAAAGGAAAAUGUCAAAUACAGAACUGAGAGAAGUGAAAAGGGUAAACCCAAAAGAAGAAAAUAACUGUUCAACAAGUCUUAAGUAUCCUCAAAGGAAAUGUCAUGACCAUAAGUUAUGGAAUACAUGGAAUAAAUGAAGUGUAGCUAUGAAGGGGGAAAAUAGCAAGGAAAAUUGUUACUUUUGAAGAGAGAGUGGCAAAAAAUUACUCAGGAAUUGAAUACUUGGAAAAUUAGGAUGUGCCAACAACAACAACAACAACAACAAAAAAAUCCCAAGCUCAGCCUAAAAAAUGAUUCUGAUACACAACAAGAAACAUUAAAAUCAAAAGAUGGGGUGGGGAGGGAGAAAAACAAUGUCAGAUUUAUGUGACCAAAAAACAAAUUUUAAAUCAUUAUUGGACAAUUUUUUUUAGAUUUUGGAGAGUGCUAUACCCUUCAUGGUAUAUGUGCCUAUUUAGCUCAUUCCUGAAGUGAACAGGUUUUCAGAACUAUGAGCCCUUCUCACCCCUCUUAAUACCUCUGUGUCUAUUCUUCCUCUGUACCUCAUUUGUAUGAUAAAAUUACUAUUUUUAUCUUAACUCUGCCCCAGUUUCUUUUGAGCUAUCCUAUAGUUGAUAUUGAUCUUAAACAUAUGGUAUACAUUUCCCAUGUUAAAAAACAAAAACAAAAAAAAAGUAAGCAAUUUGUCCAUAUUAUGUUCCUUAAAAUUGAUUUUUGAUAUAGGCUCUUAUAUUUAAAUUUUCUUUUGCAUUCAGGUUUGAUUGUUAGAAAGUCCUUAAAAUCUGCAAGUUUACUGAAUGUCCAUUUUUUCUCAUUCAAUAUUAUGGAUAAUUUUGCUGGAUAUGAUAUUUUUGGCUACAGGCUAAGAUUCCAGGACUUUGGAUCUUUUAUUAUGGCUGCUGAUAAGUCCUAUGCAAUUCUAAUUGUAGCUCCAGUGGAGUUUUUUUUUUCCUUGUUUCUUGCAAAAUUUUCUCUUUGAUAAAUGGGGAAUUUCAAGAUUUGGCAAUAAUAUUCCUAUGGUGUUUUCCACAAAGGAUCUCAUUGAGAUGAUAAUUGGUAGAUUUUUUUUCUAUUUCUACUUUCCCCUCAUGUUCUAUCACUCCAGGACAAUUUUCUUGGAUUAUUUCUUGCGUUAUUGUGUCAAAAUUCUAUUUUUGGUCAUAACUUUCAGAUAGUCCAAUUCUCAUAUUUUCUCUUGAUCUUUUCUCCAGAUCUGUUAUUUUUCUUAUAUUUCCCAUUCUGUUCUAUUUUCCCAUUCUUUAUAAUCUUGUUAUUUCUUUGUCUUUUAUAGCUUCACUGGCUUCCCCUUACCCAAUUCUAAUUUUCAAAGGGUUAUUUUCAUCUAUGAGACUCUAUCUCCUUUUCUAGUUGAUUAACUUUUUUUUUUUUAAUAAUCUUUGCUUUUCUUGGAUGUUUUUUUUUAUUUUUAUUUAUUUUUAUUGUUUUCCUCAAUGUCUCAUUUGAUUUUUGAAUUCUUUUUUGAGUUCUAUAAAUUCUGGGCAGGGAGCCAUUUCCUGUUACUCUUUGGGGUGAAAAAUUUUUUUACUUCAGUGUCCUCCUCUAAAGACCAACCUUGGUCUUCCCCAUUCCCAUAGUAGGUUUCUGUGGAUUUAUUUGGUUUCCACGGUAUAAAAAUUAAAUAGGAGAAAUGAAACAAAUUAGAAAAUUCAAUCUCACAGGACAGUGGAGAGUGGAGGUUGCCCAAAGGAAUAUAAAAAUGUAAGCUCCUUAGGGGCAAGGGCUGAUUUUGUGAUCAGGCCGGUUUGCCCCUAACUCUCCACUAUUACCUUUCCCUAGUAGAAUGGAAGCUCCGCAGAUAGGGACUAGAUGGGGUGGGAAACACCCUACUCUGUUAAGCAUUUGAUAGCCUCAGGCUUUCUUACCUCAUUUUUCAGAAACUGCUUUAGAAACCCCAGCCAGUGAGGAAAGGAGCCAGGGCUUGGGGAGGGGAGCUCGAGGUGGGGAAUAAAAAAGAGAAUGCCCUUUGCCUCUGUGUCUCUCUAAAAUCAGGUUUUGUGUGUUGGAGACUGCACAUCCUUUCUCAUGAGAAAAAAAUAAACUUUUUUCCUACAUUCACA